AUGAACCUGACCACCCUUGGCGCCCUGGGAGGGUUGCCACGGUGACUGUGGCAACUUAAAGAGGGUGUAAAGGUCAGGUCAGCGGCGUGGUUAUAGGGAGAUUUUUCCUCUCCACUGAUCUGGAGCCAGAGGGAUCUGGCAACACAUGCUUUGUUUGCCCCCAAAUCCAUCCUGAGCUGUCUGUUCUGUCUGCCUGCUCCACCACUACUACCACCCAAACAACCUCCUUUCCCUCCAUUACCCUCCCUCUUCUGCUCUGUUCAAAUGGGCUCCCACCACAGUGCUGUAAAGCUGCAUUACAUUGGCCUUAUUUUGGACAGGUGUUUGCGAAAGUGAAACCUCUCUUACACACACACACCAUUAGCCUCCCCCUGCCUCACAUCUUCCUCUCUGACAAGAGGUUUCAACUCGCUAUUUGCAUUUGAUGUUUGCUCCAACAGAAUCGGUCUAACGGACACCAAAACACAUUGAGACAAUAUUUUACUGUAAUAGAGGACAAGUUAACUUUUCUAACGAUACCCUUUUUAUGUCUCAACUACUUAAAUUGUGCAUAGAGCAGACACUACUAAAACGAGAGUAUCAAUGAAAAUUGAUUUUGGAAAAUGUAUGCUCCAUUUGUCGUGCACGGCAUUGGGGUACCAUGUAUCGCUAGCAGCACUUUGUGUUUUAUAAAUGUGCAAUAACCAUAAAGCACAAUUUUAUAAGGAAUUGGCAACUCGUUCUCAUUCUGAGAAAUAAGGUAGGCCACUUGAUUUCAACACCUGAACAAAGUGGACAGGCUAACAUGCUUUUCAAACAGUUAGAGACAAGGGUGUGUUAAUAACAAUUCAACUGUUCAAUCUUGUUAUCUAGCAAAUAGAUCCAAGUUGGCUAAACUUGAAAUAUAAAGAUUACCUGGCUAAUCACUAGCAUGUGGACUUGAGCGAUUGUUGAUGAGACCUGUGUUCAUUAGUUAGUCAUUAUUAUUGAAUGUGCAUUAUGCAUGGUUCUAGUUAAAUUUGUAACAAAAAGGCAUUUUCAUAAACAGAUUUGAAAGCCAGAUCAUUGAUUAUUGCACACAAAAAAAGCAGGUUAAACUAUUUUUUAUAAAAUAAUUACAUUCAUAGUGGGUCUUAUGGUUGUGGAAGGCUUAUAUUUAGCCAAGGUAUAACUUCACAAGCCCUGAAUUCAUUUGAUUAUUGCUGACUGUUUGAAAUGCAGUGUAUUUGACCUUUAGUUGUACAACAAUGCUUAUUCAGAGAAAACAUUUAAAAAAUUGAGAUAUAUAUAUAUAUAUUUAUAUAAAAAAAAAAACUAAAAAAAACAAGAUAUGAUUUUUAGGCCAUAUCACCCAGCCCUAGCCACAUGUCGCAAGGAUCUGUACACAAUUCCUGGAAGCUGAAAAUGUCCCAGUUCUUCCAUGGCCUGCAUACUCACCAGACAUGUCACCCAUUGAGCAUCUUUGGGAUGCUCUGGAUCGAUGUGUACGACAGCGUGUUCCAGUUCCCGCCAAUAUCCAGCAACUUUGGAUAGCCAUUGAAGAUGAGUGGGAAAACAUUCCACAGGCCACAAUCAACAGACUGAUCAAUUCUAUGUGAAGGAGAUGUCGCGCUGAAUGAGGCAAAUGGUGGUCACACCAGAUACUGACUGGUUUUCUGAUACACAACCCUCACUUUUUCUAAGGUAUCUGUGACCAACAGAUGCAUAUCUGUAUUCCCAGUCAUGUGAAAUCUAUAGAUUUAGGGCCUAAUGAAUUUAUUUCAAUGUACUGUUUUCCUUGAAUGAAAUUUUUGCAUGUUGCGUUUAUAUUUUUGUUCAGUGUAGGAAAUGGAAUGAUUGUAAUUGAUGGGUUUAUGUUAGGUUUAUGCUGUGUAUAAUAUAUAGCCCAUAUUCAGCUUAUAUUUGAAUGGCAGUGGUUUUAGAUGCCACUCUGUCUUUGUGAAUGAAGAGAGUCAGACACUGUCUUUCUUCACUGUUGGAAACCUGUCGGCAAAUCACAUGCCUUGAGUUGUCCUCGUUAUUAGUGCACGUGCAGUGUUUGUGUGUGCACACAUCUGUCAUGUGAGAAGGGAGAUGAGACUUAAGAGUACUCUUAUGACAGACAGUCAGUCAGAGCCUUCUGAAUGGAGAUAAAUGUCAAAUGACACAACCAUACUUCACCUUUCAAACUGGAGCAGAGCAGCGCUCCCCAACAACAACGUGAUAGGGGAUGACACCAGGAAUAGAUAACAUGACAUCACUGCACAGCUCCGGAGAUGAUAUCUGUCCUAACUUUAUGGAUCAGCCUCAGUGUCUGUCUGUUUGAGCAGCACAGCUUUGAUACCAAGCUGGCAAAUAUCUUGUUUGGGUGUCACAUAAAUGCAGGCCUAGCAGCCCCCUCCAGUACUCCCUGUUCCCCCAUGACUGCGUGGCCAAGCACGCCUCCAACUCAAUCAUUUGCAGACGACACAACAGUAGUAGGCUUGAUUGCAAACAAUGACGAGACAGCCUACAGGGAGGAGGUGAGGGCUCUGGGAGUGUGGUACCAGGAAAAUAACCUCUCACUCAACGUCAACAAAACAAAGGAGAUGAUCGUGGACUUCAGGAAACAGCAGAAGGAGCACCCCCCUAUCCACAUCGACGGGACCACAGUGGAGAAGGUAGAAAGCUUAAAGUUCCUCGGCGUACACAUCACUGACAAACUGAAAUGGUCCAACAGCGAAAUUUGGCGCAACAGCGAAAUUUGGCUUGGCACCUAAAACCCUCAACUUUUACAGACACACAAUUGAGAGCAUCCUGUUGGGCUGUAUCACCGCCUGAUACGGCAACUGCACUGCCCGCAAUCAGACUAAUAAAUAGCCUUCACUAGCACAUUAGAGGUUGCUGCCUAUAUUCAUAGAUUAAAAAUCACAGGCCACUGUAAUAAAUGGAACACCAAUCACUUUAAUAAUAAUGUUUACAUAUCUUGCAUUAUUCAUCUCAUAUGUAUAUACUCUAUUCUACUGUAUCUUAGUCUAUGCCGUUCUGACAUUGCUUGUCCAUAUAUUUAAUUAUACAGUACCAGUCAAAAGUUUGGACACACCUACUCAUUCAAGGGUUUUUCUUUAUUGAUGACAGCUUUGCACACUCUUGGCAUUCUCUCAACCAACUUCAUGAGGUAGUCACCUGGAAUGCAUUUCAAUUAACAGGUGUGCCUUGUUAAAAGUUCAUUUGUGGAAUUUCUUUCCUUCUUAAUGCGUUUCAGCCAAUCAGUUGUGUUGUGACAAGGUAGGGGGGGUAUACAGAAGAUAGCCCUGUUUGGUAAAAGACCAAGUCCAUAUUAUGGCAAGAACAGCUCAAAUAAGCAAAGCGAAACGACAGUCCAUUACUUUAAGACAUGAAGAUCAGUCAAUCCGGAACAUUUCAAGAACUUUGAAAGCUUCUUCAAGUGCAGUCGCAAAAACAUCAACCGCUAUGAUGAAACUGGCUCUCAUGAGGACCGCCACAGGAAUGGAAGACCCAGAGUUACCCCAGUUCAUUAGAGUUACCAGCCUCAGAAAUUGCAGCCCAAAUAAAUGCUUCACAGAGUUCAAGUAACAGACACAUCUCAACAUCAACUGUUCAGAGGAGACUGUGUGAAUCAGGCCUUCAUGGUCUAUAUGCUGCAAAGAAACCACUACUAAAGGACACCAAUAAGAACAAGAGACUUGCUUGGGCCAAGAAACACGAGCAAUGUACAUUAAACUGGUGGAAAUGUGUCCUUUGGUCUGGAGUCCAAAUUGGAGAUUUAUGGUUCCAACCGCUGUGUCUUUGUGAGAUGCGGUGUGGGUGAACGGAUGAUCUCCGCUUGUGUAUUUCCCACCGUAAAGCAUGGAGGAGGUGGUGUUAUGGUGUGGGGGUGCUUUGCUGGUGACACUGUCUGUGAUUUAUUUAGAAUUCAAGGCACACUUAACCAGCAUGGCUACCACAGCAUUCUGCAGCGAUACGCCAUCCCAACUGGUUUGUGCUUAGUGGGACUAUCAUUUGUUUUUCAACAGGACAAUGACCCAACACACCUCCAGGCUGUGUAAGGGCCAUUUUACCAAGAAGGAGAGUGAUGGAGUGCUGCAUCAGAUGACCUGGCCUCCACAAUCACCCGACUUCAACCCAUUUGAGAUGGUUUGGGAUGAGUUGGACUGCAGAGUGAAGGAAAAGCAGCCAACAAGUGCUCAGCAUAUGUUGGAACUCCUUCAAGACUGUUGGAAAGCAUUCCUCAUGAAGCUGGUUGAGAGAAUGCCAAGAGUGUGCAAAGCUGUCAAGGCAAAGGGUGGCUAUUUGAAGAAUCUCAAAUAUAAAAUAUAUUUUGUUUGGUUUAACACUUUUUUUGGUUACUACAUAAUUCCAUAUGUGUUAUUUCAUAGUUUUGAUGUCUUCAGUGUUAUUCUACAAUGUUGAAAAUAGUAAAAAUAAAGAAAACCCCUUGAAUGAGUAGGUGUGUCAACUUUUGUCUGGUAUUGUAUAUUCUUAAUUCCGUUGCUUUACUUAGAUUUGGGUGUAUUGGGUAUAUGUUGUGAUAUUACUUGUUAGAUGUUACUGCACUGUCGGACCUAGAAACACAAUCAUUUCGCUACUCCCUCAAUAACAUCUGCUAAACACGUAUGUGACCAAUAACAUUUGAUUUGUAAUAGAACUAAGAUGUCAUAAGCAAGCUUCGCCCUCGUGUAGAUCUGUAUGUGCUUAAGGUAACUCCUCAAUCGUUGACUAUCGUCAUACAUGACAAUGAAUUGGUGAAAGCGCAUAUAUUAAAACAUUUUUCUUCACACAAGCCAAACAAGUUACAUCAAUAAAGACAACACCUUAAAAGACAGAAUCCUAAUUGCCGAACCCAUAUAGUAUCAGGAUGGUAUUGUUGAUCCACUUUCACCUCCAAAUGGAGUGUUUUGAACAGACUGUGGGAAGUUUAGCCUGUAGGUUCCCCCCCGGCCUUUCAUGUUAUGUGGAAUUUGGUGGAACAGCUGCUUCCAAGAGGUUAUCAUUCUCUGUCAAUGUACAAAAUAACUUGUGUCAGGUGGGGGUGGCGAGGGAGCCCCCCUGUAAACACAGGUGCAUGCACACACACAGACAGUACAAAGAGACUCACAUACACAUUUAGAUCUUUAUUGACAAACAAACUACCAAAUACACACGCACACACUAGGGCCCACUGACCGGGCUCUCUUCAUGCUGUGUGGAUUAAAGCCCCAGCCAGGGCUCUGGAUUCUGUCCAGUGCUGUCUGAGUGUGUGUGGAUCAUAACAGAGUGGCCAAGUAGUGUUUCUCUCUGUCUCUCUCUCAUCCCCCCCUCUUUCUCUCUCUUUCUGUCUCCCUCUCCCUUUCUCAUCCUCUCUUCUCUCUCUCGCCCUCUCUCUCUGCCCUCGCAGCAGGCCAUGACUUGUUAUCUGAUGAUCUUUUCCAGAUAGCCACUGAGUCUACUGCUCUCUCUGCUCUGUGCUGACCACUGGCCAGAGGAAGUAACAAAGGUGAAACGGCAGGUGUUUUUUAACAAACAGCCAGUGGUGGUAGGAUAUUGAUUUGCUAUGCUACAGAGAUAGGGAAGGAAGUAAGGACCGUUGUUGAAUCAAGGGUUGGUCUGAUGUGAGCCUGACAGGCCUUGGUCUCGGACAGCUCAAAGCUUUGCCAACUUCAACUUUCAAAUUCCUGCACAUUGCCAUUUGAAAAGGAAUGCAUUUGAACUUCUUUGCAUUGUAUUCUCGGUACCUGUGAUCAACUUGAAGAGAUGCUUCACGAGACGUUGCUUUUGAUCAACAGAAGUUAGUGUUUUUCUUUAUCAGAGAACAUAAAAUAAUCUCUAAAUGCACAACCCCUUGUAGCUGGUGUUCCAUUGAGUUAGAAUAUGUGCACACGCUCUUUAGAAAGGAAACGUCUAUACAUUAUUAAAGGGUGCACAUCUAUUGCAGGGUUCCCGUGCACAUCUAUUGAUUGAAUUAGAGAUGCCCUUUAAAGGUGUCUUUCUGUCUCUCGCUCUCACAUUCUCUGACAUUGAGGUGCUUGCUGCUCCAGUUCCCCAGGUACUCAAGAGCUGCACAGAGUUUAUUGAGAAGCAUGGCGUGGUGGACGGCAUGUACCGCCUCUCUGGAAUCGCCUCCAACAUCCAGAAACUACGGUAAGACACACACACCCUCUGUCUCUCUCUCACACACACACACAGACUUGGCAGCGCUAUCCGUUAAACAUGGGUCUGCCUCAUAGGGCGUUCAUAUAAGUAAUCUCAAGUGUACACCCGCCACCAACUUCUGAGAAUUUGUUCAGCCCCCGGUGCUGAGCGAAAACAAAGGUGUUAUAACAACAUGGACCUUGACUACCAGGUGCCAUUGUACUCAAUCAAUAUCAGUUAAUGUUCAAAUGAAUACAACUCUCGUCACAUGAAGUAAGGGGUGGUACCUAACUCCCAAAGAUAAUCCACGUAUGCCAUACAUCACAUAAAAAUUCCAUCAAAGAUUACUGGCACUGUAAACAAAAAAUCCCAUCAUAUUUUCCUUAGCAUGCUAUAUGUGGAUUUACCUUUGUGUGUCGGCACUGUGGGCAUCCCUCGACAACAACGUGUGUGGGUGCGUGUGGACAUCCCUCGUCAACCGAUUGACUGGCCAUAAUUUGUAGCAAAAGAUGAGCCCUAACUGUUCUCUUCCCUUCACAUUUUUGCACUGUUCGUUUUCACUCUGCCAACCGAGAACCCCGAUGUCAGCUCACCCUGUAAUUAUAACAUUUUGGACUGUGAAGAGGAUGGAAUGUUUGGCGUCUCGAAGCCAAGCGUGAUGUUCUUUUUUUGUGUGUAUUUAUGGGGCUUUCUUUUCUUUUUUCCCCUCCUGCAAUAAGUAUAACCCUUACCCUGCAAUAAGUAUUUACAUGGUUCAACUCAGGUCAGGAUUGAGAUUAAGGAACAGCCUCAAAAUUGAAAUUUCCAAUUGUUAAAGAUGCACUAUGCAGAAAUCGCUCCGCCAUUUCCUGGUUGCCACAAAAUCUGUUGCGUUAAAUAGGAAAUGUGCCCAUCUGGUCUUGGCAUGUGCCAACAGCUCGCAGAUGCGGGUAGGCUAGUCUACAUGAGGUUAUUAUGGAUAAGAGCGAGAAUAUUUGUGAAAUGGCAGUCAAGCAUCGAUCAUCAUGUCACCAGAAUAAGACCCUCGAUAUUUGUUGGAAAGGAGCAAAAAGCUCAUUACCUUUCACCACCCUGUGAAGUUAAUCAUAACUCAUUUAAUCUGUAGCCUAGUAAACUGCAUGGUUUCCCGAGUCGUAGUGGGAGAACCACACACCAUAAUCAUCGUGUUUACUUCGAUAUGAUGGUUCUUAUAUCAAUAUUUGCGUAUUAAAUACGUUUCCACUGCCAUUUCUCGCAUUAUUUAUUUUACUGACACAAAACAAUUGUCGGACUGACACCAUGUCGAACGAAUAAAUUAUCUGUCGCAUUUAUACAAUUGUACCGAAACUACCUGUUUCCACCACAGCUGUCCUGAUUAUUUUAUUUUUUUAUAUAUCAUGACUUUACAUGCAUAAAACUGGAUGGAAACGUGGUUUAUGUCUGUCUCUCUCAAUUCUCUUUCCCUCUCGCUCUCUCUCCGUCUCUUUCUCUCCCUCCCUCCCUCCACUAGGCAUGAGUUUGACUCAGAGCAGAUACCCGACCUGACUAAAGACGUGUACAUCCAGGACAUCCACUGUGUAGGCUCCCUGUGCAAGCUCUACUUUCGUGAACUGCCCAACCCCCUGCUCACCUAUCAGCUCUACGAGAAAUUCUCUGUAAGGACCUUCUCUUGGCACAGUAUAGGCACAGCACCCUCCCUGAGUGCACGUCUCCUCCACCCAAAAUAAAAACAUCACGCUUUCUCACACUAACAUGUUGCUGGAUGGUAUUUAUUAGGUUUCGCACUGUCCCGAGCUGGCGUUGAAUUUCCACGUCCAAAAUAUACUGAACAAAAAUAUAAACGCAACAUGCAACAAUUUCUAAGAUUUUACUGAGUUACAUUUCAAAUAAGGAAAUCAGUCAAUUGAAAUAAAUGAAUUAAGCCCUAAUCUAUGGAUUUCACAUGACUGGGAAUACAGAUAUGUAUACCUUUAAAAAAAGGUAGGGGCGUGGAUCAGAAAACCAGUCAGUAUCUGGUGUGACCACCAUUUGCCUCAUGCAGUAAGACACAUCUCCUUCGCAUAGAGUUGAUCAGGGUGUUGAUUGGGGCCUGUGGAAUGUUGUCCCACUCCUCUUCAAUGGCUGCGCGAAGUUGCUGGAUAUUGGCGGAAACUGGAACACGCUGUCGUACACGCCAAUCCAGAGCAUCCCAAACAUACUCAAUGGGUGGCAUGUCUGGUGAGUAUGCAGGCCAUGGAAGAACUGGGACAUUUUCAGCUUCCAGGAAUUGUGUACAGAUCCUUGCGACAUGGGGCUGUGUUUAUCAUGCUGACACGAGGUGAUGGCGACGGAUGAAUAGCAUGACAAUGGGCCUCAGGAUCUCGUCACGGUAUUUCUGUGCAUUUAAAUUGCCAUUGAUAAAAAGCUAUUGUGUUCGUUGUCCAUAGCUUAUACAUGCCCAUGCCUUAACCCCACCGCCACCAUGGUGCACUCUGUUCACAACGUUGAUAUCAGCAAACCGCUCACCCACACAACGCCAUACACCUGGGUCUGCGGUUGUGAGGCCGGUUGGACGUACUGCCAAAUUCUCUAAAAUGACAUUGGAGGCGGCUUAUGGUAGAGAAAUUAACAUUAAAUUCUCUGGUGGACCUUACUGUAGUCAGCAUGCCAAUUGCACGCUCCUUCAAAUCUUGAGACAUCUGGGGCCUCCCGAGUGGCACAGCAGUCUAAGGCACUGCAUCGCAGUGAUAGAGGCGUCACUACAGACCCGGGUUCGUUCCCGGGCUGUGUCACAACCGGCCAUGAUCGGGAGUCCAAUAGGGCGGCGUACAAUUGGCCCAGCGUCGUCCGGGUUAGGGGAGGGUUUGGCUGAGGGGGCUUUACUUGGCUCAUCACGCUCUAGCGACUCCUUGUGCCGGGCCAGGCGCCUGCAGGCUGACCUCGGUUGUCAGUUGAACAGUGUUUCCUCCGACACAUUGGUGUGGCUGGCAUCCGGGUUAAACGGGCAGGUGUUAAGAAGAGCGGUUUGGUGAGUCAUGUUUCGGAGGACGCAUGACUCGACCUUCGCCUCCCGAGCCCGUUGGGGAAGUGCAGCGAUGAGACAAGAAAUUGGGGAGAAAACGGGGUAAAAAAAUUGAACAUUUUAGUGUCCUUUUAUUGUCUCCAGCACAAGGUGCAACUGUGUUAUGAUCAUGCUGUUUAAUCAGCUUCUUGAUAUGCCACACCUGUCAGGUGGAUGGAUUGUCUUGGCAAAGGAUAAAUGCUCACUAACAGGGAUGUAAACAAAUUAGUGCACAACAUUUUAGAGAAAUAAUAUUUCUGUGCGUAUGGAACAGUUCUGGGAUAUUUUAUUUCAGCUCAUGAAACAUGGGACCAACACUUUACAUGUUGUGUUUAUUUUUGUUCAGUGUACAUUUUUCUAUCUCUGUGGGGUAAGUUCAAGACCCUUUCCAGGUUCAAGUGUCACUCAUCUAAAGGGUAAUAAGUACUGUAUUUAUGAGGAUGGUCUAAUAUAAUUCCACCUUCAGUGAUCUCAUUCUCAAUUCACCAAACACUACACUUUUGGAGGACUCAUCUUGGAAACCCCAUUCCAAAACCUAAGCACAUGGCAUCCACUUUAAACAAGUUUUACAAAUAAGACAAACCACACUCUCUCCGACUUGAAAUAAAAACCUUCACCAAACAAAAUAGUCUGGAUGUAAAUGUUUGCUAGUUGCUAUGGAAGAGAGGGGAAGGAAAGGGUGGAGGAGGCAGUGUUAUGUCCCUUUGGCUCAGCCAAGCUUUGUGCAAGUGCCUCCUCUCUGCACCGCCCCUGGCCGAAUAACUGCGUGGAGGUGUCGGGCAGUAAGCACUUCCGAACGCAGAGGCACUGACCCGUACCACUCUCUUCCCUCUCCCUCCAUCCUCCCCUCCGUCUUCCUCAUUCCUCUCCGUUCCACAGGAGGCAGUCUCCGCAGCUACAGAUGAGGAGCGGCUCAUCAAAAUACAUGAUGUCAUCCAGCAGCUGCCGCCGCCGCAUUACAGGUUAGAGCAGAGCCACGCUGCCCCCUGCAGGAACUCACAGGAUACAACACACAGUACUGUCUCCAUAACAGGAUGUCAAUAUAUAUUCUUUGCAUCGGAAGGGUGUCAUACAUAUUGUAUAUUAUGUUAUAAAAACAUAAUGGAUGGUUAUUGUAUUACACUCAUACAGUUUUAGAAUGGUAUGAUCUUAUACAAUUAGGUCAAAAGUUAUACAUCUUUAGAAGUAGUCAAAGAACACCUCACCUGGUUCAGAUAUACACUGCUUUUAUAACACUAGCGCAAUACUACUGAAGCUAAUGAGGCUCUAUGAAGUAGAACUGGUGUAAAUGAGUUGUGUGUUUCAUCCCCCAUCCUGUUCCCAGGACUCUGGAGUUCCUCAUGAGGCACCUGUCCCAUCUGGCCACCUUCAGUUACAUUACCAACAUGCACAGCAAGAACCUGGCCAUCGUCUGGGCCCCCAACCUACUGAGGUCAGACAACUUUGUUACUAUCUUGUUAAAUGUUAUUGUUCAUAUCUCACCAGUAUAAUCGAUAGAUUGAGUACAUGAAGUUGCUCUGAGUAACUAUAGUUGCAACUAUAGUCUUGUACCGAAAAUGGCUAUGUUAUGACUGAAUUUAAGCCACAAGAAAACAUCCCUUCUGCCUUUUUGUUGAAGCAUGAGUCGUUGUUGAAAACCAUUUGAAUUUGGUUGACUUUCCCAAUGGCUGAUCCCCCAUGUUGUUUCCCUACCGGUCUCCCCAGGUCCAAGCAGAUAGAGUCGGCCUGCUUCAGCGGCACAGCAGCCUUCAUGGAGGUCCGCAUCCAGUCGGUGGUGGUUGAGUUCAUACUGAACCAUGUAGACGUCCUCUUCAGCCCCAAGCUCAGCUCACUCAUACGGGAGGGAGCAGGUACGCAUGCCAACCUGUUGGGAGGUAAUCUAUGCUCACAGUGCCAUGGUGCAACUGAAUCUGGAGGAUUCUUUCUUAUACAGGAUUGUUCUUGAUUCUAAUUAUUGCCAGUGGCAUUUCUUUGUCAUGUCAUUUGUCAUGCACAAGCAAAUUGUGUGCAAGCAGAAUCUACCUGACCCAAGUCUCCCCUGACCCAAAGUUUCCUUUAAUUCAGAAAAAGUAGCUUACUCAGAACAACAACAUUUAUGCAAGUCAUUUGUCUCUUCCACAAACAAAGUGUACAUGAUGAUCAUUUCUCCCCUAGGACACAACUCGUUGUCGCGGCCCAAGUCCCUGCUGGUUUCAUCCCCCUCCACCAAGCUGCUGACCCUGGAGGAGGCCCAGGCCCGGACCCAGGCCCAGAUCAACUCCCCCGUCACAGCCGACAGCAAGUACAUUGAAGUGGGGGAGGGCCCGGCAGCCCUGCAGGGCAAGUUCCACACUGUCAUCGAGUUCCCUACUGAGAGGUAUGAACGUCCUGAGGCCCUGGUAUCUUUCUAACAGCCGAUGUUUGUCUAUGAAGUAUGGAAAUGGAGGAAGCAUAAAUGAAUGACGCGCUACUUAAAUGGAAAUGUUGUACCGUCAAACCAUGAACACAUAGUUAUAUUGUUUCAUACAGUGAGGGAAAAAAGUAUUUGAUCCCCUGCUGAUUUUGUACGUUUGCCCACUGACAAAGACAUGAUCAGUCUAUAAUUUUAAUGGUAGGUUUAUUUCAACAGUGAGAGACAGAAUAACAACAAAAAAAUCCAGAAAAAUGUAUGUCAAAAAUGUUAUGAAUUGAUUUGCAUUUUAAUUAGGGAAAUAAGUAUUUGACACUUCUGCAAAACAUGACUUAGUACUUGGUGGCAAAACCCUUGUUGGCAAUCACAGAGGUUAGACGUUUCUUGUAGUUGGCCACCAGGUUUGCACACAUCUCAGGAGGGAUUUUGUUCCACUCCUCUUUGCAGAUCUUCUCCAAGUCAUUAAGGUUUCGAGGCUGACGUUUGGCAACUCGAACCUUCAGCUCCCUCCACAGAUUUUCUAUGGGAUUAAGGUCUGGAGACUGGCUAGGCCACUCCAGGACCUUAAUGUGCUUCUUCUUGAGCCACUCCUUUGUUGCCUUGGCUGUGUGUUUUGGGUCAUUGUCAUGCUGGAAUACCCAUCCACGACCCAUUUUCAAUGCCCUGGCUGAGGGAAGGAGGUUCUCACCCAAGAUUUGACAGUACAUGGCCCCGUCCAUCGUCCCUUUGAUGCGGUGAAGUUGUCCUGUCCCCUUAGCAGAAAAACACCCCCAAAGCAUAAUGCUUCCACCUCCAUGUUUGACGGUGGGGAUGGUGUUCUUGGGGUCAUAGGCAGCAUUCCUCCUCCUCCAAACACGGCGAGUUGAGUUGAUGCCCAAGAGCUCCAUUUUGGUCUCAUCUGACCACAACACUUUCACCCAGUUCUCCUCUGAAUCGUUUAGAUGUUCAUUGGCAAACUUCAGACGGGCCUGUAUAUGUGCUUUCUUGAGCAGGGGGACCUUGCGUCCUUCACAGCGUAUAGUGUUACCAAUUGUUUUCUUGGUGACUAUGGUCCCAGCUGCCUUGAGAUCAUUGACAAGAUCCUCCCGUGUAGUUCUGGGCUGAUUCCUCACCGUUCUCAUGAUCAUUGCAACUCCACAAGGUGAGCUCUUGUAUGGAGCCCCAGGCCGAGGGAGAUUGACAGUUAUUUUGUGUUUCUUCCAUUUGCGAAUAAUCGCACCAACUGUUGUCACCUUCUCACCAAGCUGCUUGGUGAUGGUCUUGUAGCCCAUUUCAGCCUUGUGUAGGUCUACAAUCUUGUCCCUGACAUCCUUGGAGAGCUCUUUGGUCUUGGCCAUGGUGGAGAGUUUGGAAUCUGAUUGAUUGAUUGCUUCUGUGGACAGGUGUCUUUUAUACAGGUAACAAACUGAGAUUAGGAGCACUCCCUUUAAGAGUGUGCUCCUAAUCUCAGCUUGUUACCUGUAUAAAAGACACCUGGGAGCCAGAAAUCUUUCUGAUUGAGAGGGGGUCAAAUACUUAUUUCCCUCAUUAAAAUGCAAAUCAAUUUAUAACAUUUCUGACAUGUGUUUUUCUGGAUUUUUUUGUUGUUAUUCUGUCUCUCACUGUUCAAAUAAACCUACCAUUAAAAUUACAGACUGAUAAUUUCUUUGUCAGUGGGCAAACGUACAAAAUCAGCAGGGGAUCAAAUACUUUUUUCCCUCACUGUAAAUAUAAAUGAGUCGUGUUCUUUAGGCACCGAUUACAAAAGGACACAGGACUACUUGUUUUCCCAAAUUACUUUUUCCUUCUCUCCAUUCACCCCCUACAGAAAGAGGCCCCCCAUCAAGUCCAAAAAGUCUCCGGUGGGCAGCUGGCGCUCCUUCUUCAACCUGGGCAAGUCCUCGUCCAUGUCCAAGCGCAAGCUGCACCGCGAACCCAACGAAUUCAAGGCCAUGGCAGGUAAGAUUCCCUUUCCUCUUUCCACCCAAACGCCACCCAUCACUCUCUCUGGCCCUUCUCACAAAUAGACUAAAGUAGAAUAUACGGUGCCUUCGGAAAGUAUUCAGACCCCUUGACUUUUUCCACAUUUUGUUACGUUACAGCCUUAUUCGAAAAUUGAUUAAAUUGUUUUUUUUCCUCAUCAAUCUACACACACUACCCCAUAAUGACAAAGCAAAAACAGUUUUUCAGACCCUUUACUCAGUACUUUGUUGAAGCACCUUUGCCCGCGAUUACAGUAUCGAUUAUUCUUGGGUAUUUUUUUUAUGACACUACAAGCUUGGCACACCUGUAUUUGGGGAGUUUCUCCUAUUCUUCUCUGCAUUUCAAUUAACAGGUGUGCCUUCUUAAAUGUUAAUUUGUGGAAUUUAUUUCCUUCUUAAUGUGUUUGAGCAAAUCAGUUGUGUUGUGAGAAGGUAGCGGGGUAUACAGAAGACAGCCUUAUUUGGUAAAAGACCAAGUCCAUAUUAUGGCAAGAACAGCUCAAAUAAGCAAAGAGGAACGACAGUCCAUCAUUACUUUAAGACAUGAAGGUUGGUCAAUACGGAACAGUUCAAGAACUUUGAAAGUUUCUUCAAGUGCAGUCGCAAAAACCAUCAAGCGCUAUGAUGAAACUGGCUCUCAUGAGGACCGCCACAGGAAUGGAAGACCCAGAGUUACCUCUGCUGCUGAUGAUAAGUUAAUUAGUUACCAGCCCCAGAAAUUGCAGCCCAAAUAAAUGCUUCACAGAGUUCAAGUACCAGACACAUCUCAACAUCAACUGUUCAGAGGAGACUGUGUGAAUCAGGCCUUCAUGGUCGAAUUGCUGCAAAGAAACCACUACUAAAGGACACCAAUAAGAACAAGAGACUAUUUGGGCCAAGAAACACGAGCAAUGGACAUUAGACCGGUGGAAAUCUGUCCUUUGGACUGGAGUCCAAAUUGGAGAUUUUUGGUUCCAACCGCUGUGUCUUUGUGAGACGCGGUGUGGGUGAACAGAUGACCUCCGCAUGUGUAUUUCCCACUGUAAAGCAUGGAGGAGGAGGUGUUAUGGUGUGGGGGUGCUUUGCUGGUGACACUGUCUGUGAUUUAUUUAGAAUUCAAGGCACACUUUACCAGCAUGGCUACCACAGCAUUCUGCAGCACGCCAUCCCAUCUUGUUUGGGCUUAGUGGGACUAUCAUUUGUUUUUCAACAGGACAAUGACCCAACAAACCUCCAGGCUGUGUAAGGGCUAUUUUACCAAGGAGAGUGAUGGAGUGCUGCAUCAGAUGACCUGGACUCCACAAUCCCCCAACCUCAGCCAAAUUGAGAUGGUUUGGGAUGAGUCGGAAUGCAGAGUGAAGGAAAAGCAGCCAACAAGUGCUCAGCAUAUGUGGGAACUCCUUCAAGACUGUUGGAAAAGCAUUCCAGGUGAAGCUGGUUGAGAGAAUGCCAAGAGUUUGCAAAGCUGUCAUCAAGGCAAAGGGUGGCUAUUUGAAGAAUAUCAAAUAUCAAAUAUAUUUUCAUUUGUUUAACACUUUUUUGGUUACUAGAUGAUUCCAUAUGUGUUAUUUCAUAGUUUUGAUGUCUUCACUAUUAUUCUACAAUGUAGAAACUAGUAAAAAAUAAAGAAAAACCCUUGAAUGAGUAGGGGUUGUAAAACUUUUGACCGGCAGUGUAGAUUGCGGAGCAUGUUUUAUUUAUUUAAUCCAUUUUAGAAUAAGGCUGUAACGUAACAAAAUGUGGAAAAAGUCAAGUCAAGGGGUCUGAAUACUUUCUGAAGGCACUGUAUAUUUUGUCCUAAUGUAUGUAAACUAAUGCCGGUCUGUCAUGUUUCAGGAGGCAGGGGGGACACUGGGACGCUCCGAUCGGCCAAAAGCGAGGAGUCGCUCACCUCGCUACACAACGUUGAAGGUAAUGUUUCAUGGGACUUCUCUGACUUCUCUCCUCUGUAUGGCUGAGUGAGCCUAUUCUUGAGUGGCAGUCUGUGCUAUGGUCUAAGUAGUAAUGUAGUAGUAGAUCGUUUUCUCUAAUUAAAAACGUGACUUGUCUUUGAAUUGAUGAUUUUCCCAACCCCCGUAGGAGAGUCGAAGGUGUACCGUCCGCGGCGGCCCCGCUCCAGCAGCGACGCCCUCUCGACCUCCUUCAAUGGGGACCUGCUGGACUGCCACACCCGGCAGCACUGCAACUCCUACGACAACCUGACCCAGGGCCACAGCGGAGGCCCCACACGCGACAGCAACGGGGACGAGGGGCCCAUCUGCGUGCCCGUCCUCAUUUCGCCCCCGCGUUCGGCCGGCGAGGACGUGGACCUUAGCCCACCCGACAUCGGCAUGGCCUCGUUGGACUUUGACCCCAUGUCGUUCCAGUGCAGCCUGCCUGACUGCUCUUUCUCCUUCCCCCUGGGGCUGAGUGAUGUAGCCACAUGUGCAGCGGGUGAGAGCACCAGCGUGAAGAGGAGCCAAGGCGGUGUUGACAACGGCUCGGCACCAGUCUCACCCUCCUUCCUGGGGAAGUUCACCAUCCCCUUCCUGUCACCCGACCUCAGCCCGGCCACGAGAGAGAAAGCUGAGAGCAAGAAGCUGACCUGCUCCAUGUCUUUCCCAGACAAACCCUUACAGGCUGCGUCCCCAAUAAAGUCGAAGGCAACCAUUUUGGCUCCUCUGGCCAUUUCAGAGCCGUUUGCCAUGGAGUUUCCCAGUAAGCUUACAGAAAGCCACAGUGUUACCCAGCCUUCCCCCCCUCCCUCGGGACUGCCCAGGGACUCUCCUCCGUUAAUGGGCUCAGUGCUGCUGAGGACAGGGGAGCCGUCGCUGAGUGAGGCCUUCCAGAUGGAGCUGCACUGUAAGCCCUCUGCUUUCGACACUGAUAUCAACACUGAGAGCCAAGACUCAACAGGAGAGGAGAGCACUGCCCAGCAACCUUCAGCAACCAGUAGCCAGGAACAGCCAGGUCAGUGAUACAUACAGCCGCUACAUUGGCGUUGUUUUCACUUUAUUAUGUUAAAGGUAUAGUUCACCCAAAUUAUAAAAUUAUAUAUUAGUUUCCUUACCCUGUAAGCAGUCUAUGGACAAGUAGGUCUUGUCUAAAGACUGCUUACAGGGUAAGGAAACCAAUAUGUAAUUUAGGUGAACUGUCCCUCUAAAUAUGAUUGUCUUGUUUCUUUUUAGAGUAUAAGGCCUAUGUUUGAUUAUGCUUUGAUUGAUGAUGCCUGUUUCAUUUCUAGGUUUAGUUUCCCCGCCUCAUGCCUUUAACACCUUGCAUGGAUUUCAGCUCAGAGAAAUCUUUCCACAUGAUGUAGCCCGAGUGCCAUGCUUAACUCUUCCCCCUCUCUCCUACUCUUGAAGACCAAGCCUGCCUUUUUCUUUUUUUCCCUCGAGCGUGCUUUCUCUUCUCUCUCCUCACACUGCAGUUCCCUUCUGUUUUUGUCCCCAUCCCAGGAGCCGUAGCUAGUAUGGAGUCUCCAAAGGCCUCCCCCGGCCCUCUCAGCAGCUCCUCCGUGUCCCUCCUUCCUCCCUUGCCCCCUCAGAAGAACUCCGCCUGCAUGCUGGUUCUGGCAGAGUCCACCCAACAGGCCUCCAUCCUGACCCAGGGGUCCUCCCAGUCCCAGUCCCCCAUCAGGCCCAUGGAGCCCUCACACUCCCUGGACUGGACCCCUCCCCCAGCCCUGUGCCCCCAGACUGCCCUCAAGGAGGGACCCAGAGCAGGAGCAGCCCAAAACCCAACCCUAAGCCCAACCACCCCAAACAUCGCCCCUUCCUCCUCUCUCCCUCCCACCACCCCUACUGACAAACAGCCAAGCCAGUCAGCCAGCCAUCAGUCCAUCAGUACUUCUGCCAGUGCUAAGUCCCCCUCCACUCCUCCCGGAGCCAGCCAGGAUAUAGAUUUCACCCCACCAGCAUCCCCCCACCACCAGUGUCUCACCACUCCCUCCAGCCCUCCUGCCCAUGUGUCCCCCACUCGGAAGAGUCCAAAGAGGCAGCAGCCCGCUAUGGGCCAGGUAGCGGUCAGCAGCACUGGAUCCUCCACCACCACUCCCGGCAGCAAGGAGACAGGUGUCCUGCCACAGCCUGCUCCUGAGGUAAAUUGACUAUAAUGUGUCAUAUUUGCAGCAUAUCUUCGAUACAUUAACUAUAUAGCCAACUGGAAUUGUUUUUGGUUCAUUUUCAGGUCUAUGUAAAUGAUAGCGUCUGGUCGCCAACUAUUCCAAAACCCUCGGAGCAGCCAGUGGCAGUUCUGCAGCCUCAACCUCUGCCUCAAUCACAGCCUCAUAUACAGUCCCAUCCUCACCCGCAGGCCCAGCCGCAGUUACAGCCCCAUCCCCAGCCUAACGCCAGAGUGGCCCCCAUCCCAGCCGAGCAGGUGGAGAGACCAUGGGAGGCCAUAAAGCCAGUACAGCCCCGCAUGGAGCCUGCGACCCGCCAUCAUGCCCAUGGGCCAACGCCUCCCGUCCGCUCUAUUGAGAGCAAACUGGCAACCACCGUCCUCAGCCACACAGAGGCCGCCAACCCUACCAUCUUCCACAACAUCCUGGCAGAAGCCUCCACGCCUGAAGAGGCCCUCACCCGUCCUCCCCCUCCCCCGCUAAAGUCUUCCACCCACCAGUCAGCCUACCUCUACCACACCAAGGGAGAGGCCGCCUUACUGGAGCCUCCUGGGGAGGCCUACUACCACCAACGGGCCAUUCCCGUGGGGCAACCUUCAUACCACUACCGGCCAGACAAUGUUCCCCCACACCUCUCCUACGUCUCCAAGUCGGAGCCUCAGAUACCUUACAGUGCCCGCACGGACCACCGCUACAACACCCUGGCUCACUCCAGGUCCUACCACCAGUCCAUGAAGCACCGCGGGGCCCCCAGGAGUGGCGAGUACAUCUCCCCCAGCCUGGGACACCGCAGCCAGGUCUAUGGCCCCAUGGAGGGAGCCCCGGUCUACCCCACCAUCCGCAGAGUGCACUCGCUACAUGUGCCCUCAACCAUCCGUUCGGUGCCCAUCCAGCGGACCGAGGUGCCUCCAGACGACGAGCUCUUGUACUACCAGCGGCCCGUCUACCAGUGCAAGGCCUAUCAGCAGCAGCAGCUGCCGCAACAGUCCUUGCAGGCCGACUACCACGUCACCCAGCUCCAGCCUUACUUUGAGAACGGCCGGGUGCAGUACCGUUACGGCCCCUAUUCGCCUAGCGCCAACCCGCUGGACGCCCCUUACUACGACGUGGACCCCUACGGGACCAUCCGGAUGCGGCACUUCCACUCGUUCAGCAACCGGGACCUGGGGCCCACCCUCAGCCGGUCGGGGGGCAAGGCGGGCGGCUACCACUACCUGUCCCGCCCCGUCCUUCCUCCAGGGAAGGAGCAAAGCUUGUUCAGCAGAGACAUACCCCCGUGCCACAGCUCCAAGGGAACCGCCUUCUACUUUGCUUGGGACCCCGAGGAGUCGGGAAGGCUCCAGAUGCACUCCAGCCGCAGGGAGAGCCGGGCCAGGCAGAAGGUCAGGGGUCCCGUCAUGUCUCAGUAUGACAACGUAGGCCUGUUCAUGCCUGGUGACUUGGGGGGGUACGAAACCCUACACCUGCGCAGUAAGUCAGACCCCAGCAAAGCCUACGGCGUACCGCUAGGCUUCCAGCACGCUCCCCGAGCGUCAGACCCCGACGUCCUCAUGUACAUGGAGACAGAGAAGCACUGUCAGGGGACCGACACUGGGGACAAACAAAGCAGAUCCAGGACCUGCCAGGCCUCCCACUCGCACCAAGCCCAACACCCACCCCGCAACCAGUCUCAUCAGCAGGACCCCAGCCGACACAACCCAGCGGACGGAGCUCGGAGCUUCCAACCCCGCUACGAAUGGCCCGAUCCAGACCGGCAUCCAAACAUGGCCAAAACCCCCGGUGGUUACCAGGAAAAAGACGACCAGCAACAACAGUCGGCCCCCGUCAAAGCGCAGGCCCCUCCCAAGCCUGAGCGGUCGCAAAGCGUCCGAGAGCAGCAGCAGCACUACAGCCAAGCCACCAUGCCCGAACCAGACAGAGAAUACUCAUACCAGCCCCACGGUGGGCAGCAGAGACACAGCACCAUUACGGUGCAGUCCCACUACGACAACAUGGAUGACUACCACCCAGCAGCAGUACCUCAGCCACAGGCCCCCAUGCCAAACCCCCAUGGGGGCUCCUCUGGCUCUUUCCCCACCAACCCUGGCUUCACAGGUAGCCACAGCAACAGAGCGUACUCCACUGCCUUGGGCCAGGGUGCCUUCAUCCCAGCUGAACUGGCCCUGCAGAGGCCCGAGACAGAAAUACACGCAGAAUGA